UUUGGGGCAUGACUUUGAAUGAUCAUUGCCAGAGCUUGGACGAAGAAAAGGCUGGUGAGGAAAUCAAUUGAACAGACAAGGGAAGGGGUCUGUGAUGGUGUUCAACGGAUCAGCGGAUGGGUUAAAAAAUAGAAAGGCGGGGAUGGAGGGGGGCUGGUGCUUGGCGGUCCGGGGAGAGAAGGUGAGAGAUGGCUAAUACCAUAUCCGAGUAUGGUUUGUGUAUUGUUCCGCCCGUUACUGCCAGGAGAGAUGCCCUCGCAAAAGUCCAUGGAACCAGAUACCAGAGCUACUUGCAAAGCAAAGCUAAUUCUUUCUUGCCUUAGUCUGCGGGUUUUGGCAUCACAUUCUCCUUCGGACUUCUUUUGGUUCUCUGUCAUAUUUCUCAUGAUUUUAGAGCAUAUAAAUAAAUUCCUUCACUCGAACCACUAUACUCCCCAUUCACCAAAGCUUCAUCUAAGAGAUCGUAGCUUAGGUUGUCCAAUAAACCUCUAAAAUCAUGGCUGAAUUAGCACUAUCAACUACCAUGCCUAUCGUCGAAAUGGUGGUGAAGAAGUUGGCAUCUGGGUUCUGGAAGGAGCUGGGACUGGUGGGGAGUGUUUACACCGACUUGGAGGAGCUGCAGAGUGAGUUAUCAACGAUCAAGAACGUGCUUGAUGAUGCAGAGAAGAAAUCUGUCACUAACAAAACUCUGCAAGGUUGGUUGAAGAAGCUCAGAGAUGCAGCUUUUGAUGCUGACGAUGUGGUCGAUGAAUUGCAGACUGAAGCACUGCAGCGAAAAAUAGUGAGACAUGAUCCCAUGACUGAAAAGGUGCGUGACUUCUUUUCCUCAAACAAUACAAUUGCAUUUCGAUAUAAGAUGGCUCGCAAGAUAAAAGGGAUUAGGGAGAGACUGGACAAGAUUGCACAAGAGAGGUUGAGAUACCAUUUGGCUGAGGGAUCUAUCUCAGAAAAUACCCUAGAUCGAGAAACCUUUUCAUCCGUGAUUGAAUCUGAAAUUUAUGGAAGAGAUGAUGACAAAAAGGAUGUCAUAAAAUUCUUAGUGGACAAAGACAAUGAUAAAAAUAUUUCAAUCCUUCCAAUAGUUGGCCUUGGUGGUGUUGGAAAGACCACUCUUGCUCAAUUAGCGUAUAAUGAUGAUAGGAUCCAGAAGCAAUUUGAGCUUCGAAUGUGGGUGUGUGUGGGUGAAAGUUUUGAUGCAAAAGUAAUCUUGCAGGCGAUGAUUGAACAAGUUACAAAGGAGCAAAGUAAUUUCUCGACCUUAGAAACAAUGUCUUCUUUCUUGCAAGAAAAACUGAGAACAAAAAGAUUUCUUUUGGUUCUAGAUGAUUUAUGGAAUGAAGAUGAAUCAAAAUGGGAUAAAAUAAAACCUUUGUUUGUACGUUCCAAACUAGGAUGCAAGAUUAUAAUAACAACACGCAGUGAAAUUGUUGCUUCUAUAACCGGAACCAUCUUACCACAUAGACUACAAGGGUUAGGAAUUGAUGAUUGUUGGGCGUUGUUCAAGCAAAAAGCAUUUGGGUUGGGGAGACAAGAAGAGACCCCAAUGUUGGUUGAUAUUGGAAAGGAGAUUGUUAAAAAGUGUGGAGGUUUGCCUUUAGCAGCAAAGAUUCUUGGAAGUCUAAUGGGCACCAAAAGAGGUGAAGCAGCAUGGUUAGCUAUCAAAGACAACAAGAUUUGGAAGUUAUCUAAAGACGUGGUUGGAAUUCUCCCUAUACUAAAUUUGAGUUAUGAUCAUUUACCCCCUCACUUGAAGCGCUGUUUCACUUACUGUUCUGUGUUCCCGAAAGAUUAUAAAUUUGAAAUAAAGAGAUUGAUUCAAUUGUGGAUGGCUGAAGGACUGAUUGAUACAUCGAAUACUUAUCAAAAUGCAGAGGACAUUGGCAGGCAAUACUUCGAGAGUCUAUUGUGGAGGUCAUUUUUUCAAGAUGUUCAAAUGGAUGAGUACAGUAACAUAGACACAUGCAAGAUGCAUGAUUUAGUUCAUGAUCUUGCAUGUUCCCUCACAAAGGAUGAAACUUUGGUCAUUGAGAUGGAUAGGGACAUGGACAUGGAGAGCAUUUCUCGAUGCCGCUAUUUAUUAGUCAUGUGUAAUAAUGUGUCAUCAGCCACUUUAGAGACAACUUAUAAAGCAAAAAAAUUGAGAUCGCUUAUUGUGUUGGGGGUAGGAAGUGGUUGUACUCAUGAUAUGGACAAAUUUAUCUUCAAUGUAACAAAAAAUUUCACCCAGUUACGUGCAUUGGAUUUAAAGGUUCAUUAUAUUUGGAAAUUGUCUGAUAGAAUAAGCAGAUUAAAGCAUCUACGGUUCCUUGACCUAUCAUAUACUGAGAUCACGGCAUUACCUACCUCGAUCACCAGACUUUACAAUUUGCAGACAUUGAACCUCCAAGAAUGCAGCAAUCUAGAAGAAUUACCUGAAGGUAUAAGCAAUCUAGGAAACCUUAGACACAUAGAUAUAUCAGAAUGCUCCAGUUUGUCUUGUGUGCCUCAUGGCCUGGGACGGUUGAGCAACCUUCAGACACUGUCAAUGUUCAUUGUUGCUCAGGAGAAUGGGCGUACCAUCAUGGAGCUGCAACAUCUGAACUCUAUUGGCGGUGGGUUGGUAAUUAAAAAUCUGCACCAUGUGAAGGAUCCAGAUGAAGCCAUGCAAGCAAACCUACGAGCAAAGAUGAGAUUGAAUUACCUGAUGCUUGAAUGGAACAAAGGCUUAGGAGAGGCACAGGAACCAUCAUCUAUUGAAGUGGCAAGGGAUGUAUUUGUAUUUGAAAGGCUCCAACCUCAUCAUAAUCUAAAGGAGUUGGAUAUAAGUUAUUAUAUGGGCAUCAGUUUGCCCAAUUGGAUAUCAAGGGCAGAAGUAGUGUUAUCUUCUUUUCCAAAUCUUGUUAGGCUCACAUUGCAGGGGCUCGAGAGGUGUGAAUGCCUUCCACCACUUGGUCAAUUGCCAUUGUUAAAGAUUCUUACUAUGUCUGGAAUGGGUGUUGUGAAGAGAAUCGGAGGGGAGUUUUAUGGGGUUGGUGGCAGUGGCACAUUUCCGUCGCUAGAGGAGUUGUAUUUAACUGACAUGCCCAAUUUGGAGGAAUGGCAUAUAGAACCAAUGAUGGUAGGAGGAAAGAUGGCAUCCUUCCCUUGCCUUUUUGAAUUGAGUAUAGAUGCAUGUCCCAAAUUAAUGGCACAUCCAUGUAUCCCAUGCUUUGUGGAGUAUCUUACAAUAAUAGCAAGCAAUGAGAUGCUCUUAUCAGCAGCGAACCUUGCAGGAUUGUCCAAACUCAAAAUGCUUGAAAUUCAGGACUGUCAAGUAUCAUCAUCAUCGAUGUCUGGGUGGUGGGAUGGGCUGCAAUACCUCACUGCCCUUGAGGAGCUGCGAAUUUGGGAAUGCGAUGAGCUGACUUGUUUGCCUGAGGGUAUUAUGUACCUCCCCUCACUCCAUACCCUUGCUUUAGAGGAAAAUAGAAAUAUGAGGAGUCUAGAAGUGGGAGGAAGGAAGCAGCAGCAGCCCACCCCCUUCUUCACUGUGCUGCAAGAUCUACAAAUAGAAGGAGCAGAUGCAUUAACUAUUUUGCCAGAGUGGGUAGGAGGCCUCACGUCGCUCCAAAAUCUAUUAAUUGGGGAAUGUCCCAACCUGACAAUGCUGCCAGAUGGCCUGCAAAACCUCGCCGCACUCCAAAAGCUGCAUAUCUCCGACUUGCCCCAGUUGACAAUGUUGCCACAUGGCCUACGAUACCUCACCGCACUCCGAACACUGCGUAUCUCCGACUGCCCCCAGCUGGCAAUGCUGCCAAAUGGCCUGCAACACCUCACUGCACUUCAAGAGCUGUGUAUCAUCUCCUGCCCCCAGCUGGCAAUGCUACCAGAUGGCCUACAACACCUAACUACACUCCAAUACUUGGAGAUUGGAGACUGUCCCCAGCUAGGGAGGCAGUGCAAGAGGGAGACAGGCGAGGACUGGCACAAGAUUGCUCAUAUCCCAGACAUCAAGAUCUGGCAGCUGAAAGAAGAAGAUGGAGAAGAAAGCAGUGAACGAUGUACCUUUGCUGCAAAAUUUCUCCGUCAAUUUGGGCGUGUAUGCUGCAUGGGUCAUAGCUGAGGUGCCAACAGCUCCAUCUGGUGGUGAACUGCCUUUAUUUAUCUUUCUAGACUGGACUUUGGUUCAAGGAGCUCAGCUGUCAUCACUAUUAAGGAGCUUGGCGACCAUGCCAAUCCAUCUUUAAAGCCUCACAGAGCUCCAGAGCCUGCAAAUCUUUUGUAGUCUCUGGAAAGAUGAUGCUCAAAGGGAGGAUUCAAAAGUUAGCACCGGAGUACUUGCGUUCAAUCCAUAAACAAAAGAUAUCCAUGUUUGCUUCCUUUUGUUAUUUAUUUGGUCUUCUGUCGUAUGCUGCUUAUUGUCAUUGUCAUAAAUAAUGUCACAGUUUCAUUUUUUCUCCUCUACUUUUUAUAUUUAAAGCAUAGUAGAGUUUUAUUUGUAUAUAUCAUGAGAAUUAUACUGUUAAAAUGCCAUCUAAGAAUUUUGAUGUCC